AGCUAUGAGUGCCAUUUGCUGCUGCUGAUGCGAUUCGGUCUUUCCAGGAGCUCCCGCAGCUGCCCCGGCCUCCUCCUUUUGCUGAGCUACUUGCAAGGUCAGCACCAGCCCAGCCUCAGCAUGGAACUGAGGUCACUCAGUGUGGAACUGAAGGCCGGAUGGCCCAGGAGGCCCAGGAAACCGGCCCUGGGAUACUGAGGGUGGCCUCUGCCAGGGCUCUUCUGGAAUCAGUCCCCCUCCUCUUUGGCUUUCCUCCUUGGCUGAAAAUGGGCAUAUUCUUGUCCUCAAAUCACAAAUCUGGCUGUGUGUUGAUGUUUCUGACUCUCUCACACACCACCACCCCGGGGGCCUCAAGGGGAGAAGAGCUCCCAUCAUCCUAAACAGUCUUGUCUUCUAGAAGCAAAAUCCAAGCACUCUUAUUAUGAACGAACUGACACUGUCAAUAGGGGGUAAGGAUGAAAACCUUGAGGGGUAUCACAAUUACCAUUUGAAUGACAGAAGCAAAGACAAUGCAGUUUGAGCAUACACAAAAAUGAGUAUAAUUGGGAUUUUCUUUCUGCAUUAUGCAGAAUUUCUGAAAAUUGCUUUUAGCAGAUACAGAAAGGGAAGAUAUUGCAGCCUGCCAAGGGAAGGCCAAGGGAGAAGGUGCCCUGCCACCCAGAAACCUCUCGCUUGGCUCUACCUUUCCCAGAGCGCAGAGGCAGGUAGGGGAGAAAGGCAGGCAUGCAGUGGGCAACUGAAAGAAGCCAAAUUUUCUUGGCUGCCGGCUCGGUUUGCAAGGGCAGAGAGCUGGUCCAUGAAAUCCUUAGCUUGUGUUUGUCAUGGCAAAAAGGGCUGUCUCAUUUGGGCUGGGGGGAAAAGGGGGCAGAAAUGCUGGCUCUGGUGGGGAAAAGCAGCAGCCUUCCAUCCCUUGGUGAGAAUAUGUCUCUUCUCAUAACCGAUCAGCCGCUUGAUCCGAAAUUCACAGUGGAAGCCAUCUCUGGGCUGCCUGAUUGAAUUUAAACAGGCAAAUGAGGGCUUGGAGCCCCUCUCCGUUUCUCAGUUGCCCAUCCCUCAAAAUGCCAAUCACCACCUUGUCAUCCUUUUCUGCCAUUUCUUUUCCAACAGCCACCAUUUUAUAUUAAGAUGAACUAGCCUGAUGUGAAGUUAUCAGGAAAUGGAGGAUGAUGUGGGCAAAGGCAGGGAGGGGCGCAGGCACAGAACACAAGAGGAGGGAGGGGUGAGAAGGCAGCAGGCGGGCUCAGAGAAUUGGAGGGCAGAAAAUAGUAAAUUGCUGCUGUCAUGCUCUCCCUGGGACAGUAAAAUCUGUUUCUAAAGGCUCUCCCCUGCCCUGUCUCAAUUAUUUUUCUUUCUCUCAACCCCCUCCCUGAAAAAGAAAUGUUGCAUGAUAAAUAUCCAGAGGGCAGCUGGAGUCAAUCAACAGAAUGACCAGCCACAAGAAGCUCUUUGUGCCACGAACAACAGUGUCUGUCCCUCUGUCCGUCCAGCUCUUCCUUUGCAGAAGGGGACAGCGUCCGAAGCUGGGGGCCACAAGCACAGCCCUGAGUGCUGGGGGCUGUCAGAUGGGCAACAGUCCCCCCCCCCAGCCACAAGAGGCAAGGCAAAGUUCUGGCACAAAGCAAGGGCCGACCAUCUUCGCGUGACCCUCCCAGCAACAGGGGCGUCCUGCACACAGGCUCCAGCUCUUGGCCAAUCCUUCCGGGCAAACCAGGCACAACUAGAUGAGGUAGAUUUAUUGUGUUCACCGCAUCUUGCAAGUCUGAAGGUACAAACUUCUCAUUGCCACUUUUGAUCCAUCGAUCCAUUCAGCCAGGUCCUUCCUCAGUUUCUUCCCCUGGGGGGUCCUACCCAUCUUCUUUGCAUCUUCCCCCCCCCACCAGCACUUUUCUCCUCCAUGCUUCCCACUUUCUCUUGCACUGCCCUGGCUCGGAGGGCCGAGGGGUAGACAGACGGGUCCAAACAGAAUAAAAUCAUGCUGGGAGAAGGUAAGUCUGGCAGCAACUGCUGUCUGCUUCCCAGUGGCUGUCCAGCGGUCAUGAUGUCCCUUGCCGGAAUAAAAGAAGAGGAGCCUUUGCUUGCAGCUUCCUGCUGUAAGGGCACCGAGGCAGUUGCUGUGGGAUGACUGUCAGCAAUCGGCCUCUGCGAGUAGAAAGCCUUUCUUUGCCUGUCAUCGCAGUAGGGAAAGCAACAACUCCAAAAUGAGUUUUGUCACGAUGGAGGGUGGCCAGCAUAAUAACCCUCCCUUCAGAUCAUCUCUAGUUUCCACUCACCGGGCCAAAGAAAUGAGUUCAGGCUGUUCUGCAUUAACAACAAGUGACUUCUCUGAAUCUGAGACCGAUUCGCCAUAGGCUGGCUUCAUCUAGUAACCAAGCCAACUUGGGGAGGGGCUUAUCGCUAGCCCCCUAUGUGGCCUCACUGGCAGGGUUUUAGCUACCCAUGGGACUGGGGACUGAUUGGGAGAGACGGGCUGAGAGUAUUUUGCGUGUGGCUAAGAAGUGUAUAGCAAGUGGGAACUGCCUAGAACUGGUUAUAAGAUGGGCAGCUAUAGAGAUGUUUUAAAUAAAUAAACAGCUUAUCUCGAGAGACGACAAAGGCAGAAUUAAUUCAAGUAAAAGGCUGAGGCUAUACUUUCCAAUAGAGUUCCUCUUCUGGUGGUCACCACAGUGGCCCUGGGGCUCCUGCUGAAGCGUUGCUCCUGGUCGGGUGGGGUUCCUGGGUCACCAAGUUCCUUGGCAGACUAAGCACCUCUGGGUGCCAAGAAAUAUAAUGCAGAAAUUGCACCCAGUACGGCUAGAUUUGAGGAAACAGCUGGGCAUUCCCCUGGGCUCAGUGGCCAAACUACUCUGCAGAGGGCAGACGGGACUUCGAUUUGUGGGUGUUCAGAGAAGCUGCAAGAGGAAUUCAAGGAUUGAUCUCAGCAUCCAGCCAUGUCUGAGUGCUUCGACUCAGAUCUUCCUUCGUAGGAAACACUCCAGCUUCUGUGCAGGAAAUGGGAACUGCCACAUCCAUUAUCCAGGCAUCAUCAUCAUUAUAGAUUUAAUCUUCAAUUUGAUUGACAGUCUGGGACUGGUAAAAGCAGUUCAAGUCCUAAUCAAGGACCUAAGAGCUAUUAAGGUAAAGUCUGAGUAUAUUAUUAUUAUUGUUAUUUUUUAUCCAGUCAUCUUGCAGUUUGAAGUGACUAUGGGUGCUCCAAGACCUUAGCUUCAAGAAGAAAGUUCAGACUUGUUGCAGCACCAAGCAUUUUGUUGUGCAGAAUUGGCUGUUUGUCUUAAACAUGUAACUUGGUAUUCUGUUCUGACCAGAUCAGAGUCUAGGAGAAUUUACAGGAGUAACUGUCGCUGCACCGUAAGACUUGCAAGAAGCUGCUUUGGGUGAGAGGGGGGGGCUGUCUCGCCUGCGUCUGCAGCACGCGUGUUGGCUGUGUCCAUUUGGCUGAGGAAUGGGACAUGCCCUGGGUCUCCAAGCAGGACAGCAAGGAAGGGAAUGACUGCAGAAUACAGCCAAAAGGCCAAAAGACUCUCCCAGCAGAAAGGAAGAUUUGAAGCCAAGAUCUGCCUUUUCCCCAAAGAACUUCAGGGAUAAAUCGGCAAAACAUCCUGCAGCUGAAUUUUGGGUGGGGUUUUAUGUGCUCUGCUUGUGCCCUUAAAAGAAAGGCCCAGGGCUCCCAGGUUGCAAGUUCAUUACUGAAAUUGAAUUAUUCAGGAAAGCUGGUUUAGGCAAAGGCAUCCCUUCCUGUUUCUGCUUUCCCCCUACUUUGUGGUAUCAGCAAUUCACACACAUAUACUUUGCCUGCAAGAAGUACCGUAGUUUCAGUGAAAACGUGUUUUAUUGCAUAAGGGAAAACCUUCUGCUAGCCAUUUUAUUCAUCGGGAGGUUGGACUGGAUCCAGAGAGGCUGGUCUGGGCUUCCCCACAAGGGCAGCCUCCUGGAAACCCAGGCAAGGUCAUCAUCCUGCCCAGCAUGAUCCCAGGAUGGAGGGUCUGAGGGAGGCCACAAAGCCAGAUCUGGCCUGCGCGGUGUUUCCAGGAGCACCCCAGAGGGGCUGGAACGGAGCCUGGGAGAGGUGGCUCAAGGAGCAGGCCCUUCAGCAUCGCCCCAGGCCAUAGGCAGCCCCUCAGAGCAGCUAGACCUUUGGAUGGAGGCCAGGGGUUCCCAGGAGUCAGGCACGGGUGCUCAGGGGUCCUUUGGGAUGCAACUCCCAGCUGUGGAAUGGGAAAUACCAUGGAAAGGGGGCCCUGGCAGGCCGGCGCUGGGAAGCAGGCGCUGGGAAGGCCUUGAUACAGUCCCAGGAAGCUUCGCUGGGUUCCUCCUUGGCCCUUCACCAAAAGAUUGGCGGGGUGCGGGGAGUGCAGAAAGGUGCAGAAGGUCAGGUAGGGCAGUCCCUGAGCGGAGGGGCUACGUGGCUCCUAAGGCAGCUUCUACAAAAGGCGCCUGCGGGGCGCCUCCUGCCUCGCUUGGCCUCCCUUUGGCCAGCAGACACCGCCAGAGUUUCGGUCGGGGCUCGGCUGACACCUGGAUGGCGACUUCCGCCUCCUUCCCGCUCGGCAAAGUUGCGACAGGCCAGAACAGCGCGCGCGGGGGGGCUCAGCUGAGCCCGCAAGGCGGCCGGGCGCGGUUUGCUCCGGGCGACCCAGAGCCGCAGCGCGACGGCCGCCACUGCUGCAGGCGUGUCCAGAGUCGCGGCGGGGAUCGACAACCGCGCGGCCCCCGGGCCUGGGCAACCGCCGAAGCUCGCGCAGAGCGGGCGCCGCCACGGCCCGGAGACGAAGAUCUGAGCCGGGAGCGGCUGCUUUGCCCUUCGCCGGCGGCGGCCCGGCUCCCUCCGCUGAGCGAGGUAAGAGGGGCGCCUUGGCGAGCCCCGAACGGGGGCCCCGGCGCGCGCUCCAUCCGCGCCUGCUGCUCCCCGGUGCCGGGGCCGCCCGCUGGGGGCGGAGGGGCUAGGGCGGGCAGGCCGCGGCCCCCGAGAAGAGGGCGCUCAGCUCGGUCGCGACCCAUCUCGCGCCUGCAGAGCGCAACCGGGGUCGUUGCUGCUGGCGGUCGCCGCGCGGCUGCCGCUCGCCCGCCGCCUGCCCGGCCGCCUUUCCGCUCACCUCGAGACGGGAGCCCCGGCAGCCUCCGAGCGGGGCCGGCCUCGGUGUCCUGGGCGGGCUGGGAAGAGACCCGUGCCCGGUGCAGUCCAGGACCGUUCCUCCCCACGGCGAAGCGGCAGCGAAGACGUCGGUGCGCCGCGUUUACUGAGAAGGCAGAGAGGCCGGCGUGACCCGCGGAAGAGCCUCCAGAGCCCCGUCGAACCUCGCGCGGGGAGAAAUUUUUCCGCCAGUCUCGCCGUUUCCCUCCCCUGGGAAGGAAGGAAAGGAAAGGAACUGGACCCCCCCUUAUGUUUUCUCAGCUGGAGCCCCUCCCCACACGAUCUGAUUGGGGCCAAGCCCACCGCGGUUCCCGGUCGUGCGCUGCCCAGCCCAAAGGAAGGGCCGGCGGGGAGGGGGCUCCGCACAGGGACCAGAGGCGCCCCGCUUUCCUAGGUCUGCCCAGGUUAGGCGGGGGGGGGGGGGUGGAAGCGGCCUGCGCCAAGCAAGGGGCGGCCUUUCUGCUCGGGAGACCAGGGGCCUCCUCAGCCUGCACCUCCGGGCUAUUUGCCUGGCUGCUGAACGUGCCCUGUUCCUCCCGGAGGGCUAAAGGUUCUCGGCGGAGCAGGCUCGGCGUUGAUCUCGGACCUCAAGCGGAGAAGGGCCUGGCCACCGAAGGGGCGCAGCUCUUGCUAGUUUGGGAGCGCUCGAGGUGGCGGGCCAUUUUGUCCCCUGGUUGGAAGAGUUUUCUAAGAAAAAAAAUCUAGCUCUGUCAUCCGGAUAAUUGUGCUGAAGUUUAAGGCAAAACCCCGAGGAGAACCAAUUCUGUUUUUUUGAAGGAGAGCAGGUGUAAAGCACAUCAAAUAAGCCUGUUUCUGCAAAGGCCUUUGCCAUUCUUACUAGUGCACGCUCCAGAUUUAUUGAUCUCUUCGUGGAUCUUAGCAAACACUUCCAGUUCCUUUGGAAGACGGCUCCAAUUGCUUCUGGACACCUCCUGGAUUAAUGAGAUGCAGAGCCAGAUUGUGACUGAUGGCGAAAUCUGAUAUGAAGAAGGGCCAUCAGUGGGGAAGAUAAGCAAAUGGGCAUCCUGAAGCCAUCCUCUGGAACUUUGUGAAGACCCAUUCGCUAAGAUAUCUCUAUGGUUGGUUGCAUAGCCAGAUGUUUAGCAUGGCCUUGGCAUUUUUAUCAACCUAUCGAGUCACCAUUAUUAUUAUUAACCACAUGAUCAAGACCGUAUUUGAGAUUGCCGAGCUUUUCUGUCCAAGGCAGGCCCAGGUGGCGAUUAGGGCCACAUGAAAUGAACCUGGACUUUUUUCCACUCAGGGAACAGCUUCUGCCCCCUCCGAGCAGGGUCCGGUCUGCUUAGCUGGGUGGAGAAAGGGUGCCCCCCACCCUAGAAGAAGAUGGCAAAUUCAAGGGAGGGGCUGGCUGCAGUCGGGGGGAGUAGAAGAAGGGGGUCUGGGACGAAGCACCCACCCUGGACUUGGGCUUCCAGUCUCCUCCUCCUCCUCUGUGGCUGCUGUGGCUGAGCCCUGUGUUGCCCAGGGAAGCUCAGGUGGGAACAGGAUGGCCAGGCAUUGAAGAAGCCCUGCUAAGCCCGGCCUUUUGGGACUUCCGUUCCCCACUGCACUCCCUGCUCUUGUCUGCUUCGGUCUUAGGGCUGAAGUGAGUUCUUUCCAUGGAAAAUGCAGGUUAGGCAGCCCCAAGGCCUUCUGGGGACUGCUGGCCUUGGAAAGAGCCAUUGGGAGGCUGAAGGAAGAAGCUUCUUCAAAGACAGCAGAUUCCCAGGUCAGCUUUCACCAUCCUUCUGGUCAGCGUUCCAAAGCAGCAGGAACACAAGUACAUUGAAGAAAAUUUCUUCUGUUUACCAUCUUUCUUCGGAAUGCCCGACAACAGAUUGUGCUGGCUGGGGCAUUUUAAGAUACUGAAAAGGAAUUGUGAUGCUUCCCAGGGGGAUUCCUUGCUUUUCACUCAUGGUACCAGUUAGAAUUCCUUGCAGUUUGGGGACCAAUACAACUUGGAGGCAUCCUGUGCCUAGAUCUGCCUCCCUCCUUUCCAGAAGUAUCAAGACUUUGAAAACAAGUGGAGGGUUUGGAACGGUUGUGGGCCUGAGGAAACUUUUGCUCCUGUCUGCAUCACAAAUCCAGGGAGGACCUUGCCUUAGUUUUCAGAUUCUCCAUCCAGGAGGAAGAACUUAUGGACUGUUCACAUCCUUCCCUUGACUGGUUGAAGGCCCAUGAAAUUGUGAUACUCCGAACAAUGGGCACAUGUGACUCUCACAAGAAUCUCAGGGUCUCCUUUUGUCACCUCAUCCUAAUGGGGGCUCCUCUGGUAAAUCCAUCACCUGCCUUUCUGAGGCCUCUGUUUGUUGCUGUUCCUCUUCAGUGAAAACCUUGGAGGGAAAGUCCUGGAUCUACUGGAGAGAUUGAAAGCAGCUGUACCUGCCGAUCCAGUAACUUACAAGGUGGAUAAAACUGACAAACCUUUGGUGUUGAAAUUUACAAGAAAUACACCCUGUCGAACCCUACUGGCAACGGGUUCUCAACACAUGGUGUGAAGAACACACCUUGCUGAGACACUCCGGAAACUGUCUCUCUACACACGGUGGAAGAUAUGAGGAUUCUACAGCUCGUAAUAUCUGUUAUUAUUUAAUAUGGGGAAU